CCCUUGCCAAAAAGUUUGGUCGCUUUUCUGCUUUUAUUCUUCGUUUUCCAUCCGGGGCGUGUUGCGGCAUACAGGUGAUUCGACUGCCGCAGAAUCGCAAUCAGCAACUUGGAAUCCCGCGAGAAGCCUGCCUACGGCCUGAUUUACGGUGGCAACCCCCCCACAUUUCAGACAUCAGCCAGCAUGGCGAGGAAGGAUCUUUUCGACGAUGCCGACUCGGGGGGCGAGACAGAGGGCGUAGGUCUGAAAAUCAACGAGGAUUACGCACGACGGUUUGAGCACAACAAGAAGCGAGAGGAGAGACAAAGACUCGAGGAAAAGGCCAAGGCACGAGCGGCAAAUGGCGAAGACGACGACUCCGAAUCAGACUCUUCAGACGACGAGACAGAAGAUGAGGAAGGUUUUCUGGCGACCGAACAGCUCGACGAACAGCUCGACGCGACCCUGCAGGCCAUCAGGAGCAAGGAUCCCAGGAUAUACGACCCAAACACGAAAUUCAUCACGGCAUUAGACGAAGAGGGCGCGACUACCAAGGAAAAGAAGGAGAAGCCAAUGCACCUUCGCGACUACCACCGAGAACGCUACAUGGCUGGAGACACCGGUGCAGACUUUGAGGAAGAGGCCGAUCAACCAAAGACUUUUGUGCAGGAGCAGGCCGACCUGAAGAAGGACAUUCUGGCAGAAAUCAACGCAGCUGCCAACGACUCGGACGAUGACGAAGAUUUCAUCAAGGCAAAGCCCAACGAGAACGGGCCCGCCACUGAGGACGGAGUGCACCCAUCCAGAAAGCAGAAGGUAAAAGCUUCCGAACUUGAUGUCUCGCUGGCCGAAAAGGAUCCAGAACUGUACCUGUCGAAUUUCAUGGCGUCAAGGGCGUGGAUCCCCGAGAACAGUUCGCGGUGGGAAGCUUUCGAGUCGGAUGACGGGGAGGGUAAUGACGACGCGGACGAGUGGGAGGCUGCCUACAACCUGCGAUUCGAGGACCCCGCGAAGAGCAACGAGGUGCUGCAGUCUUACUCACGUAAGGUUGUCGAGGCGCGCUCCGUGCGACGGGAUGAGGUCAAGGGCCGAAAGAAGCAGCGACAACUCGAGAAGGAGCGCAAGGAGGAGGAGAAACGCCAACGCCACGAGGAGCGUGCCCGACUGAAGCGCCUCAAAAUCGAGGAGGCGGAGGAGAAGCUGAGGAAAAUCAAGAAGGCUGCAGGGCUCAGGGGCAAGGAACUUGGAGAGGAAGAACUCAUGAAGAUGCUUGAGGGCUCCUGGGAUAAUGACAAAUGGGAGGAAGAGAUGAACAAGCGCUUCGGAGAGCAGUACUACGCAGACGCAGAGGAGGUGGAGUCCGAGUCAGAAGGAGAGGGCUUCGGCAAAUCGCGGAAGAAGAAGCCAAAGAAGCCAAAGUGGGACGACGACAUCGACAUCAAGGACAUCAUCCCGGACUUCGAGGAUGAGGAGGCCAAACCAGACAUCAGCCUCGCGGACCUAGAGGAUGGGGCCGAGGCGGCUGACGAGGGCGAGGAAGAGUUGGAGGACGGCGACGAGCGCCCGUCCAAGAAGCGGAAAACCACAAAGGAGCACAAGGCAGAGCGCCAGGCCAGCAAGCAAGCCGCCCGGAAGGAGCGCUCCAAGCUCGAGGCCCUGGUCGAGCACCAGAUGGAACUCGAGGACCCGACGGUGCUGGCCCUGUCCAAGAAGAACAAGAAGGCCGCGGGCGCCGAGACGGCCGGGUUCCGGUACCGCGAGACGAGCCCGCAGUCUUUCGGGCUGACCGCGCGCGACAUCCUGCUCGCGCCGUCGGACGCGGCGCUCAACGAGUUCGCGGGCCUCAAGAAGCUGGCGACGUGGCGGCACCCGGACAAGAAGAAGAAGGACCGCAAGAACCUCGGCAAGAAGGCCCGGCUCAGGGAGUGGAGGCGGGAGGUCUUUGGCAGGGAGUUUGAGCACACGGGCCCCACGUUUGGGUUCGGCGGCACCAACAACGACGCGGCGGAUGCUGCUGUAGACGCCGCGGAGGUGGGCGAGAAGACCAGGGACGGCGACGAUGGCGGGUCUAAGAAGAAGAGGAAGAGGUCCAAGGGCAAGAAGAAGGGUUCUGCCGCUGCGUAGGAUCUCGGCUCGUUUUAGCUAAUUCGCGAGAUACUCCAUUCGAUACCUGUGGGCAGUUCUUGAACUCUCUAUUGAGUUCGGUAUAUACAAUUUGGCACUUACUACUUAUCUCUCUAGUGAUCUAGCAAAGUAUCUUAAGGCCAUCUUGUCAAAUAUCAA